CCUCAUCAUUCAGUAUCAUCGAGUGGAGAGAGAGGCCGUCUGAGGAUUAAACAGCUUAAAAUAUGUAUCCGGCAAACGACAUUCAAGUUCUAGUCUUGGCACACCCAGUACAAGGCCACGUAAACCCAGUGCUCCAAUUCUCCAAACGCUUGGCCUCAAAGGGUCUCAAAGUCACCUUCCUAAUCCCCAUCUCCUCCAGGAAGUCCCUCAAUCUGGUACACGCGAGCUCCAUCCAGGUUGAGUACAUUUCCGACGGGUACAACCAUGUCGAUGCAGACAAGCUGAGCAUUGCCGAGUCUCUCGAACACUUUCGAGUUUCAGUUUCUCAAAGCCUGAGAUAUUUCAUUCAGAAACACCAAUCUUGUCAGGAGAAUCCGGCGAAAGUUCUUAUUUACGAUGCCUUUGACCGUUGGGCUCUUGAUGUGGCGAUAGAACACGGCCUGCAUGGAGCUGCGUUCUUCACCCAGUCCUGCGUCGUGACUUGGAUCUAUUACUUGGCUCACCAAGGAACACUGAAGUUCCCAUUAGAAGUAGCACAUGGACAAGGUUGUGUUCUAUCUGAUCCUCCGGUGAUGUCGGUUUUAGAACUGAAGGAUUUUCCUUCAUUUGUUGUUGAAGUUGAUAAAUAUCCCGGCUUACUCAAGAUCGUUCUAGAGCUGUUCUCCAAUUUCCGGAAAGCUAAGUGGCUCUUGUUCAAUACUUUCACUGAGCUUGAGGAGGAGCUGGUGAAUCGGCUGGGGAGCCUAUGGUCAAUGAUGACCGUCGGACCCACGAUACCUUCAGUAUACAUGGACAAGAGACUCGAGGACGACACAGACUACGGACUUAGCCUCUUCAAGCCCGAAGCAGAAGCUUGCCUCCGGUGGCUGGACUCGAAGCCACCCAGGUCCGCCGUCUACGUAUCGUUCGGAAGCUUGGCAUCUCUGGGAGAGGACCAGAUGGAAGAGCUCGCGAGUGGGCUCAGGUCGAUAAAGAGCCACUUCUUGUGGGUGGUGAGAGAGUCUGAAGAGAAGAAGCUCCCACCCAACUUCAUGCAAGAGGUAAGGUUAGAUGAUGACAACAAAGGUUUGGUGGUGAGGUGGUGCAAUCAGCUCCAAGUGCUGAGCCACGGCUCGAUCGGUUGCUUCAUGACCCACUGCGGGUGGAACUCUACCCUUGAGGGGCUCAGCUUGGGGGUCCCGAUGGUGGCGAUGCCCCAGUGGACGGACCAGCCAACCAAUGCCACCUUCAUUGUGGAGGUGUGGAAGGUCGGCCUCAGGGUAAGGGCCGACAACAAAGGGGUCGUCACUGGGGAAGAGAUCCAGAGUUGCGUGAACGAGAUCAUGGAGGGAGGGAGAGGGAAAGAGAUCAGAGAAAACUCCCUGAGGUGGAAAGAAAUGGCCAAAUUGGCCGUAGAUGAAGGAGGUAGUUCGGAUAAGAAAAUUCAAGAAUUCGUCUUGAACGUUGUUGAUUUGUGCAAAUGAUGCAUGUGCACGUGGAAUGAUUGUGAAAAAUAAGCUCUCUGAGUUGAUGUACAUGGUUGUGUCUCCAUCGAAUUAUAAUAUUAUUUUCAGAAUAAUAUUUUAAAUUUACAACAUAA